GCGCCCUUGAACGUGAUCAUUUUUCUCUUCUUUCAACCUAAUACAUCAAAGAUGAAUCCCACAAUCAAACUAGGCAGCUUGGUCACUCAGAGCCUAUACAGGACAGAGCAGCUCCAGGAACAGUGGCUUUACAAUAUAGCGCAGCCUUACAGCAUUGUAAUGGUGGGACCUCCAGCUACCCACAUACCCCAGCAGAGAUAUCUUCCUUUCACUGGGCCUUCAAUGACUCCUGUUGGUUACCAUCCUUCAGACUACAUCAUGAGUGCCUGGCUACACAGUGGUGCCCUGAUGCCUGGACAACAGACUACAACAGUAGGCACAUGUGCUAUAGUUAUGAGCAGGAAAGUCACCAAACUAUAGUCCCAGUCAGGUUUCAAAAUCUCCAUCCAUGUUAUGCUUCAGUCCAGGGGGUAAAUAUAGUGUCAGAGGUUCCAUCCUCUGUAGAGGUUCCAUUGCAUUUUAUCCAUCCCCAGGUCAGUGAGCAGGUCUGUCUGCCUGUGUGGCCCACACCUGAGCAUGCUGUCCUACUGCAGGCCCACGGGUUGCAAAUGUAUACUGCUGGUGCCUACCCCUACGGCCUGGGUCGAAUGUCUGACUUUUCCACCGAGACCCAGGCACCUGCCCCCGUCACCCUUACCUACACCAGCCAGCCAGGCCUCGGGGGUGGAUUAGGUAUCCCUGAAGACAAAAGCCUCCCUGAGGUGACAUCUCUGGAGGAUGCCAUGAGGAUGUUCCAGUAUAGCCCUGAGGCUGCAAUAGCAUGGUUUCCUGAGACACUGGUAGAACCAGAGCAGAAAGCACCCGCCGAGGAAACAAGCAGCGGUUACAUUGCCAUGACUGAUCAGUACUCUCUUGACCAGGAGGUCUGUUUAGAGCACCUCCUGAUGGAUCCUGAGUGCCUGUCUCUGCCACAGAGGCAGCCAACACCAUGGACGUCUUCAAUGACAUGGAGAAUUUUGGUCAGCAGUGUAAUUUUCAGAUGUUUGGAAAGACCAUCAGUCUUGAAUUCGAUAAUGUGACAGAUGUGACAGAGUGGGACCAUGUUGGCCUGGUCUAAUUUUAUAAUACUAGACAUC